AUGGAGAAUGAUUUAGCUAAUAAGCUCCGCAAAUUUGCUCUUUCAGAAAAGGAAGAAGAAGGCAUUGUUAUAUCAGAGGAAGGGAUAGCUUCAUCGCUCCAAGAAUGUGUUCUCAGUCUUAUGGGAAAGGUAUAUGGGGAGAAAAAAGUGAACUUUCAUGGCCUGAAAGCGACUUUGGGAGCAAUUUGGAUUACUAAACAACCGUUUUCCAUCAAAAGUCUGGGGGACAACUUGUUCCAGUUCCUAUUCCAGUGCGAAGAAGACAAAGAUAAAAUUCUCCAGGGAAAGACCUGGAGUUUUGACGACCAAUAUAUUCUCCUCAAACAAUGGCAUGCAGAUAAGCUAAAUUUCACUGCUGAUGAUGAGGUGAUCAAGAUCUGGGUCCAGAUUCAUAACAUGCCCCUGCAUUAG